CCUCACGCCAUAUUCCCGUUCAUUCCGCAACUCUUGAUCUAUUUACAUCGGUAUCCUCUUGAUUUAAAAGGCUUCUGCGAGUAGUUAUGAUUUCGUUCAAAGCCGUGUUCAAUUAUCUCCGUCGAUAGAAUUUAUAAUCAUGAGAGUCCCUGCCAUCAGCGUCGCGUUUUCGUUGCUGUUCGUCAGCAUUCAUGCCUUCAGUUUCCCUUCAUUUCUCGGGGCCCAGAAGCCCAUAAAGACAAGCAAAAGAGUCGCCGUCAUCGGAGGUGGAGCAGCCGGCUCCUCAGCCGCAUACCACAUCCAGCGCUUCGCCCAACGCGCCGGCCUCGACGUCGACAUCACCAUCUUCGAGCGCAACCACUACCUCGGUGGCCGCUCCACCACCGUCCACGCGUACGAUGACCCGCGUUUCCCCAUCGAACUCGGGGCCAGUAUCUUCGUCGAGCAGAACCAGAUCCUCGUCGACGCCUGCACGGAGUUCAACCUCAGCACCAGCGGCGCCGGCGACGAGCGGCCGCGCGACGAUCGGCCCACGCUGGGCGUGUGGGACGGCGCGAAGUUUGUCUACACGCAAUACGGCACGAUUUGGGAUCUGCCGAGAUUGCUAUGGCGAUACGGGUAUGCGCCGAUCAAGACGCGGAAGCUGGUGCAGAAGACGGUGAAUCGGUUCUUGAAGAUGUAUGAGGAGCCUUUUUUUCCGUGGAGCUCGCUGUCCGACGUGGCGUUGCUGCUGGGCUUGACGCAGGCGACCGCCGCGACGGGUAUCGAGUUUCUGGAGAAGAAUGGGGUGGGUGGUCUGUUUGCCAAGGAGAUUGUGCAGGCGAGCACGCGAGUCAACUACGCUCAAGAGCUUAAUGAGAUACACGGACUUGAGACCAUGGUCUCGAUGGCUCCUGAGGGUGCCAUGGCCGUGGAAGGGGGCAACUGGCAGAUGUUCGCCCAUAUGGCCAAGACGGCAUCGUCAGAUGUGCGCCUUAACGUCACAGUCUCGGCCAUUGAACGUAGGGAGAAAAGUGGCUUUGGGAUUACCUCAAGUCCAACCAUAUCGUCACUAGGAGACACGGUAGACUCGUAUGGGGUCAAGUCAGCGACCGAGAGCUUCGAUACGGUCAUCCUGGCAGCGCCUUAUCAAUUUGCCAAUGUUUCCAUACUUCCAGCGCCUGAGAGCAUCCCGUCGGAGAUACCAUGGGUAAAGCUUCAUGUUACGCUUUUCACUUCUCCUCGCCUUCUCCACGGCCGAGCGUUCGGAAUAGACUCCGACGCCGAAGUCCCUACCACCAUUCUCACCACCGUACCCUCUGACCCUUCUACUCAUUCAAAACCCGCAUUCUUCAGCAUCAGCACCCUUCGGGCUGUCAACAAUACUGCCUUCUCCCCGCCGCGUACAGAGUACAUGUACAAGAUCUUCUCCCACGAAUCAGUUAACCCUGCUUUCCUCGCAGAGAUCUUCGACCUUCCCACACCUGCAGCUGGCCACGAACUUAGCAGGGAUGACAUCAGCUGGAUGUACCGGAAGGUUUGGCAUUCAUACCCCUACGGGCUCCCCAGGGUUACAUUCGAAGAGUUGAAGCUAGAUGAGGGACUGUGGUACACGUCCGGGAUGGAGAGUUUUAUCAGCACCAUGGAGACGAAUGCACUGAUGGGCAAGAACAUAGCACGAUUGCUAAUUGAUGAGUGGACGGGGUCUGGGCAGAAGAAAGGAGAGGUGGAGCAGAAACCCUUGAAGGAAAUCUUAUGACUGAUUGUUCGAAAUACCAUUAGCAUAUAUUAAAUAUAUCGCUACUUUCAUUCUCGAAUUUGCACACGAUAAUCCAGACAGAAUUUUCAACGCUUCAUCAGAAUUACCAUUAACACACGGACAGCUCAAUCCUCC